AUGCGGCCGCAGAGUUCGGUGUUCCGCCACCGCGCGCGUGCGCACGAGGAGGCGGAGGGCAGCCGCGCCGCAGCGGGCGCCAUCAGCGAGGCGACGGAGGAGGAGAACGACGAGUUGAUGCGGGCGCUCCUCAGCGAUGUGCGCGUGGUGAAGCGCAACUUCACCGCGAUGGGGGCUGAGGUGCGGCGGCAGAACGUGCUGUUGGACGGCCUCGAGCGCGUGUUCGGGCGCACGCGCGCGCAGCUUGGACGGACGCUGCGGCAGUUGGACGUGACGGGCGUGACGAGCGUGAAGCACAUGUGGGUGCUGUUCGUGUUCGCCAUUGUUGUCUUCAUGCUGAUCUACAUCAUGUUGAAGUUCCGCUGA